AUGACACUUGCAUUACCUGAAUUAUUAACGAAAAUUUUUAAUUUCUUAGCUGAAGAUAAUGCACUAUAUCCCACCUUGUUUGUCUCUAGACUCUGGUUCACGUGUUUUGGUUCAAUUUUAUGGUGUCGCAUCGAAUUGAUAGGAGAUGGGGAUGCCUUUGGAGAGGAAUAUAAAAUACAAUUAAAAAAGUUUCUAAAGAUAGUACGCAAAAAUUCAAGACUGACUUAUGGCUCAAGUGUACGUUAUCUCAAAAUUUCAGACUAUCAUAAACUCUCAAAUAAGGUACUUGGGAAAUUCAUCGAAAUAUUUCCAAAUAUAAUCCAUCUUGAUUUUAAACGAAGUUAUGGAUACAAUGAUACAGUAUUAUUCAAGAUUUCUCAAGCAUAUCCUAACUUAAUUCAUCUUAAUGUUUUUAACAACGGGAAGUUAACUGAUUAUUCUAUUAUCAAACUCGCAAGAAUAAGUGGAGGUAAAAGUUGUAUUUCUGAUAAAUCUAUACACAAAAUUACACAAUUCAAUUCCAAUAUCCAAUUUUUAAAUUUUAAUAACUGCAAGAAGUUUACUGAUAUCACAAUCCAUGCUCUUGUAGGUUCGUACCUGGAUCUGAGGGAAUUAGAUCUUAGUGACUUGAUGAAACGAUAUGUAUUAUUGUGUAAUCUCAAUCUUAAAUUUUGUAAUGUUACAGAUACAGCAGUAGAAGCAGUAUCACAAUCAUGUUGUAAUAUAGAAUACCUCAAUCUUUAUGGAUCAGAAUCCAUUACUGAUAAGUCUAUUUCUAAAUUAGCAAAAAUGUGUUCUAAGGUUCGAAAUCUUGAAUUAGGAUUUUGCGAGCUUAUAACCGAUAUAGCUAUCAAAGAUAUCGCACAUAAUUUAUCUGAUCUAAAAUAUCUUGGUUUAAAAUAUUGCAUAAAUAUCAGCAAAGAGGCAUUAGAUAUAUUGAAUUCGGAUUUAGAUAUAAGUGGAUAUUAUACAAUCACAUCUGCUUUAUAA